AUACGAAUAAAAUAUGUCGAAAGCAAAUUUAUAUUCUAGUCUGUUUCUUCUAUUGCUGAUUUUUUCCUUGGUUGCAGCAAAAAUUGAUAUAACUGAUGAUGGUUGGGGAUGGUGCACAAACAAGAAAUGUGAUGAGAAAUGUCAAAUGGCGAAAUAUAACUUUGGAACUUGUGAAUUUUACUUGCUAAUUCGAUCAAGAUGUCUGUGCGUUAAUAUUUGAUAAUUUUCAAACCGCGUGAAACUUUUAUUGCAAAUUUCAUUAAAUCAAUAUUUUUGGAAACGAGAUAAAUAUUUGGUUGUA